GACCCCACGGGGAAUCCCUUCUCGUUGGCCAAGCUCGCCUUAUCCCACGCUUCAUCCCACGUUUCAUCCCACUUACGCUAGCGGCUGCCCUAUCGAGAUGGCGCCCUCCGCAACAGGUGAGCCGGCACCUGUGCAGCUGCCCGCCGCCUCGAAAUCUUCGACCAUUACCGCUUCCGUCCUCCACGGACCGCGUGACCUCCGCUUGGAACGACGGACGAUCGAGGAGCCCGGCAUUGUUCGCCAAUGGCGACCUCUGCGCCUGCAUGCCGCUGUCUCUGGGCCACGAGUCUUCGGGCACAGUCGUCGCCAUCGGACCUCAAGUGACCGGCUUCAGCAUCGGCGACCGCGUCGCCCUGGAGGUCGGCGUCCCCUGUGGCCAGUGUGGCAUCUGCCGGCAGGGCAGGUAUAACCUCUGCAAGCGCAUGAGGUUCAGGAGUAGCGCCAAAUCCGUGCCUCAUUAUCAGGGGACGCUCCAGGAGCGGAUAAACCAUCCUGCAAUCUGGUGCCACAAACUGCCCGACAAUAUCUCGUUCGAUGCUGCGGCCCUGCUCGAGCCGCUAUCCGUAGCCAUCCACGCCGUCAACCGGGCCAAACCAACGCCCGGCUCCACCGCCCUGGUCAUCGGCGCCGGCGCGGUCGGCCUGCUCACGGCGGCCAUGGCCCGGCAAUCGGGCUGCUCCACCGUCACCAUCGCCGACGUCGACCGGGGCCGCGUCGAUUUUGCCAUCGCCAAGGGGUUCGCGACCCACGGCUACGUCGUCGACCGCAACAACGCGUCCACCAGCUCAUCAUCCUCCUCCUCGUCGCUCUACAGCCCCAGCAGCUCCGGCACCUCGACCCCGCUGGACGGCGUCAUGACGCCCGCCAGCACGCUCUCGGUCUCGUCCCAGUUCGACUACGCCAAGUCGCUGGCCGCCGACAUGCUCUCCCUGACCGCCGGUGCCGGUGCCUCCUCCCUCCCGCUCGGGGACGGGGACGAGGACGACGGGGUCGACGUCACCUUCGAGUGCACCGGCAAGGAGGUCUGCAUGCACACGUCCCUCUACGCCACCCGCCCCGGCGGCAAGGUCGUCAUGGUCGGCAUGGGCACCCCCGUGCAGACGCUGCCCAUGUCGGUCGCCCACCUGCGCGAGAUCGACAUCCUCGGCGUCUUCCGCUACGCCAACACGUACGCCACCGGCAUCCGCCUGCUCUGCGCGCGCGACCGGCUGGCCAAGCAGGCUGCCGGCGCCGGCUACGUCCUCCCCUGCCUCGACGACAUGGUCACGCACCGGUUCAAGGGCCUCGAGAACGCGCAUCGCGCGUUCGAGCUCGCCAGCCGGACCGUGGACCCCGACGGGAAUCUGGUCUUGAAGGUUGUCAUCGAGGCCUGAGAGACCAGUGAAGACCACACACCCACACCGCUGCUAAUUCUGCCCUCGAUCGCGAUGAUGACCUGAAAGGGAGGAAGGAAAAGCAAAGAGAGGAGAACAAGAAAAACUAAUAAAACUUAAAAUGGGAGCCUGGAAUCAAGGGUUGACGAAUCCGGGUAUUUUUUUUUUUUGCUUUUUCUUUUCCCUGUUUCUUUCGUCUCUUCGCGUCUCGUCUCGGAGCUCCGGUCAGGGUUAUUGCAAAUUAUUUUUCUCUUGAUUUAUGGUUCUGGGUUUGUUUAAUGUCACAAGGCAACAACAAUCAUAGAGGGACGGGCGGCUGGGGAUGAAAUGAGAUAACGAUCGUCUUGGUAUCUAGAAGGACGAGCGAGUGUCAAGAGCGGAGUACUCGAGCAGAGAGACCUUCUCGGAAUUAGAUAAUGGGCAGGCGUGGUUUCGGUUACUAAUGUUGUGCUCCGGUCUCGGCUUGCUGUCUUUUCUCUGAAGCUCCUCUUUUCAUUCUGCCCGCUCUCCUUCACGCCCGUUUAGGA